GCUCAGCACGGGCGCAGUAAGGAGGCGCGCGCGAGACAGACGCUUCAACACCGCGUCUGCCUUCGAAAAAAAAAUAAUAAGACACGAAACAGGACAAGACACACACACACAUAUAUUAAAAAAAACAUACACACAGAGACCGGCAGCAGCAGAGUUUGUUGUUAUAAAGAACACAAUGCCAGCCAUGGUGAAAAACUCCGACCUGGAGUUUGACUCCUUCCAGCCGUGUUUCUACCCGGACGAGGAUGAUUUUUACUUGUGCGGUCCCGGUGAAGACAUCUGGAAAAAAUUCGAGCUGCUGCCCACGCCGCCGCGGUCCCCGAGCCGUGCGGCGCUGGCCAGCGGUGACGCGGGGCUCGAGUGCGCGUCCGCGGGUGUGUUCGGACUCGGAGAUCCGCUGGACUGGGCGUCAGAGCUGCUGCUUCUCCCGCCGCAGGACGCGGAGGACGAAGCGUGGCGCGCGCCGGAGAGCGACCUGUUCGGCGCGUGCGCGCUCGACGACCCGGUGAUCCUGCAGGACUGCAUGUGGAGCGGAUUCUCGGCGCGCGAGAAGCUCGAGCGCGUCGUCAACGAGAAGCUCGGCCGGAGCGUUUCUUCGGGAUCCGCCGGCGCCGCCGCCGCCGCCUCUUCUGGAGCGCCUGGACUUAAAAGCAGCGCCGUGAAGGCGCCCGAGGCGAACCGGGCUGCGACUGAGUGCGUGGACCCCGCUGUGGUUUUCCCUUUCCCGGUGAACAAAAGGAACGGAGCGCAGAGCGCAAACCUGACCAGGAGCGCAUCUGUGGACAGGCGCGCGGACGACACCCCGAGCGACUCCGACGAUAACGAUGAUGUGGAUGAUGAAGACGAGGAUGACGAGGAAGAGGAAGAAGAGGAGGAGGAUGAGGACGAAGAAGAAGAAGAAGAGGAGAUCGAUGUGGUAACAGUCGAGAAGCGACGAUCCAGCGCUAGCAAGAACUUCAGCUCUCAGGCCUCAUCAUCGACAAUUCGGCUAAAUCCGGGCGCGAGCCGGGCGCCCCAGGAGCUCAUCUUAAAAAGGACGGCGGCCGCCUCCAUCCACCAGCAGCAGCACAACUACGCAGCGCCUUCGCCGUACUCAGACGACUCGGACCUUCCCUCCGCUCCCCCGAGCAAAAAACAGAGAUCCGAUAGCAGCGGUAGCUCCAGCACAAACUCCCAGCGUAGCGCUAAAACCAACACUUGUUUGCCGAUCUCGCUGAACGCGGCUCAGAGGGUCAGGAAAAGCGGCUCGGGCUCAGACUCGGAGGACAACGAGCGACGGCGCAACCACAACAUCUUGGAGCGGCAACGACGCAACGACCUGCGCUCCAGCUUCCUGACGCUGCGCGAUCAGCUGCCUGAGCUAGCUAAAAAUGACAAGGCAGCCAAGGUUCUGAUCCUGAAGAAAGCUGCAGAGUACGUGGGUACACUCGAGGCCCAGGAGCUUCGGCUCCGUCAGGAAAAGGACAAGCUCCAGGCGAGACGGCAACAGCUCCUCCGCCGCCUGGAGCAAGCCAGGACUCGCUAGCCUGCUCCAUGCUAACCUUUAGCACUCAUGGCUGGAGGCUAAUUGCCUGAUCAGCCUGCCCCCCACCCCGAAAAAAACGAACUUAUGGACACUCACUGCUGCCACUUUCUUUGCACAUUUUUUGGACGUCUAGAAUGUUUCGGGUUUACUUUUGUCAUUCCAGUCACAUCGAGGAAAAGAGAACGUACAAGGAUGGUCCCUUAUUCCAUCCUAAUUUCUUCUUAUUUUUUUUAUUUUUUUUUGUAUGAAUGGGUUUCCAACCCUUUCCUCUCUUAGACUUUUGUUGAACUUCUAUUCAGGAACGUGGAAGUCGACGAGGAGCACGCAAUACAACACACGCCCACUUUGCCUUCACUUUGCAAACGACACGAAAAAGCAAAUAAUAUUUAACGUGGAAAAAAAGAAAGAAAAAAAGGCGGGACAUGAUUAGGGUCAGUUCACUAGGACUCGACUCCGUCUGUCCCACACACUUACAUACACACACACACACCUCUGUCUUUCUGGUGCUUUUAACUCCAGAUAUACCUCUGAGCACCUUGAUGUCAGUAAAGCAAAAUACUAUCAAUCUGCCUUGUUUUUAUUAUUAUUUUUUUUUUCGUUUAUGUUUUUUGUACACAGAACCGUCUUUGGGUUUUUCUAAGAAAAUUACUAGACUGGAAGUUUAUAUACCGUUAUUAAGUACUGUAUGACCCUCGAUUUAUGAGGAACUUUGUAAUAUAACGUUGUUGUUUUAUUUUUCAGUUUCAUAUUACCGUUCUUUGUUCAUCACACGAUACUUACUAAUUUGUACACCUACGCUUUAGUGUGCUUCUGAUACAUACUAAAAAUCGAUACUUAUAUUUUCGUAUGAAAAUGAGUUGAGUAGAUAUCACUAUCCUGUUUUAUCUCUUUGCUCUUUACGUUCAUUCUUUUUUCCUUUUUUCCUUUUUGUACAGAAAUUUCUCUAUCUACAUUUACCUUGUUCCCUUCUCCCUCCCUUGAUUUUUUUUUUUUUAUAUAUAUUUGUACCUAUCGGGUUCAUAGAACUGGGUCAAUGGGAAUGUUUUCUCUCUCUUUCUCUCUCUCUUUCUCUUUCUCUCUUAAUCUCUCUCUCUCUCUCUUUCGUUUUCUAAGCGUACAUUUUAGUGCUGCAACUCAUAGCACUUUGAAAUACCUCAUUUUGAAUAAAAAAUAAAUAGACUUUGAAAAUA